UUCUUUUCAUUUCUAUAGGUACCACUGAUCCCUUAAUUGCCUUUAAAGUAAAUUUGCACAAUAAUUUCGCAUUGAAGUUAAUUUAUUUAAACGAGUCAGUGAUAAAGUUAUGAUAAAAAUCAAUUAACAAUAGAACUAACUAUAAAUUAUUAAAGAAAAUUAAAAAAUAUUGUUCCCGGAAAAGUUAAGAACUUCAGAACUAGUGAGUUUUAUUAUUAAAGUUUAAAAACUAGCUUCGAAAGAAAAGCAUUCGCGGUGAAUUCGUGUAUAAAAACAUCCAUCAAAAUGGUUAAUAAUACGCAAAACACUCAACUAUUUGAUCGUUUUUUUGUGGCUAAUACAUUGAAAAAUGCCUGCCGCUGCCCUAAAUGUUGCAACAAAUAUACCUAUCAUUAUGAUAAAUAUAAUAAAGAUUACCAUGUCAAAAGUAAUCGUCCUAUUCUACUGGCCUGUGGCCACAAUAUGUGCGAAAAUUGUGUCUAUCACAAUCGUCAUAAUCUAACCUGCGGUACAUGUCUCAAGCCCAUACCCAUAAACCAAGAACCAACUAAACAAUUUACCAAUUUUAAUGUACGUGAUUAUUUUGAUAUGAAUUUCUUUUUAAUGGGACAACUUAAUCAUUGGCGUUUUCAUCGCAAAGAUGGUUCAGGCAAUAAUACAUUAUUAAUGAGCGCACCUAAUCGUUCAAAUCUAAAUAUUAGUUUACAUGAUGCAGAUGCUAGUGCUGCAUCAGUUAUUAAGUGUGGUGAAUGUGAAUUAGUACCUUCGUUGGGUAAAUGUCGUAUUUGCAAAUGUUACUAUUGCAAACGUUGUUUCGAUAAUGUACAUAAAAAUAGUAAAAUAUUGAAAUUGCAUACACUACAACGUUUCGAUAAGGAAACAACACCGUAUGCAGAAUUAAUACGUUUAACUAAAUCACGCUUUUGUAAACGACAUCAACGUCAUAGCGAUCGUUAUUGUUCAAAAUGUGAUUUAGUAUGUUGUGGAGAAUGUGCUCGUCAAGAUCAUCAGCAUCAUCAUUAUCGAAAAUUAGUGGAUGAGAAUGAAAAACUAAUGGAUGAAUUGCAUAUUACUCUAGAUAAUGCCCAAUUGGCACGUGAAUGCUUAAAUAAAGGUCAAAAGGAUAUAAAAUCUGUUGAAACUCAACUAGAGGAAUAUGCCACAAAAACUUUGGAGGAGAUAUCAAAUUAUUACGUCCAACUCCAUAGUUUUUUGCAGAAUGAGGAGAAACAAAUUAUGGAUAAAUUCAGUGAAAUGUGCCAACAGCCACAAUUUAUGUUACGUGAAGCCAAUAUUAAAUUAAAUGAAUCUCAAGAAACCUUAAAUUCAAUACGCGGCACUCUCGAGAAGUUUCAGCAUACGCCACCAACAAAUUUCCAUUUAGGACACAUUUUGCCAAAAUACAAUCAGCUUAUACAACAAAUACCAUCUAAUAUACACAUAACUAAACCACAAACUAAUCCAUUUAUAUUCGAAAUAAAACACGAUAUACGACCAGCUAUACAUAAUUCAAUUGAAUACAACUAUAAAGAUCCGAAAAUAUUGAUUAAAAUUGAUACAUCAUUUUACGAUUCGAAUCCCUCAACUGUUAAUACUACAGCUACUAGUGUGCCUUCUACUAUAAAUAUAACGCAAAAUAGCAGCGUAUCGCCUAAACCGAAAACAAAUAAGAAAAAUAAUAAAAAGAAUAAGAAAAAUAAAAAUAUAAACUCCAAUAAUGAUAUAUCUAUGGCAAAUAGAGCUACUGUUUCUAAUUCGAAUCAAGAUGCUAGUAAUUUAGUACAUAUAACAAAUAUUAAAUCUCCAGAAAAUUUUUAUAUACAAAAUGUAAAUGAUAUACAACCGAUACGGAAAUUAUCGCAUACAUAUUUAUUAAAUGCCAUUGCCAAUAAUAUACCGAAAAUAAUUGCAGAAGGUUAUUAUUAUAUGGCCUAUCAUAUUACCGAUAAGCAGUGGUAUCGUGGCAUGCUAAAGAAAACAUUGCCAAAUGAUUUGUAUAAAAUAUUUCUAGUGGAUUUUGGUGUUAGCAUGGAAGUGUCCAAAGAUAAACUUUGUGAUAUCGAGGAAAGACAUUUAAAAAUACCAUUUGCUGCCAUACGUUGUGCUAUUUACGAUAUUAUGCCGGUGGGCAAAAAAUGGACUGAAGUCGAAAAUAAUUUGUUGCUAGAACUUUUGCAUAACAAACCGGCACGGAUAAGCAUUAUUGAAAAAGUGAACAAUGAAAUGCUUAAAAUUGAUUUACACACAGAACUCUCAAAAUCUGUACAUGAUACUUUUUUAUAUACAGGCCUGGCCCGUGAGAGGCCAGGAGUACACAGUUUUAAGCUACAAAUAAAGUCUAAUUUACCAAUUAUUAAAAUUGAGGAACGUAUACCGAAAAUGAACAUACAAGCUGGUGAAAUUUUACAAGUGACCGUUUUGUAUGUGGAAGGACCUGAAGAAUUUUAUGUCAUUAAGAACGAUUUGAUUGAAAGCAAAGAACAACUAAGAAGCGAAUUAAAUCAAUACUAUAACAAUAAUGCAGCAAAACUUCAACAGAUUUAUUUGGGAACAGUACAAAUGUGCUGUGCAGUUAAAAUUAAGGAUGUUUGGUAUCGUGCUGUCAUCGAAGAAAUCAAAGAUAGAGGACAAUUGAAUAUACGUUUAGUAGAUGAGGGACGACGAGAAAUAAUAAAUUGGCGACAAGCAUUCGUUUUAAACGAACAAUUUCGUAAGAAAAGAGAAUUUGCUCUACCCUGUACAUUGGCCGAUAUUGAACCUUUACAGGAAAAUAAAUAUGUUUAUACUGCAGCUGCCAUAAAGGAUUUCAAGCAGAUGACCACAAAUCCACUAUUACGUAUGGAAGUAGUGGCUGUUACAUCAAAAAUAUAUAAAGUGGUUUUAUAUAUUUGUAAAAAGACCUUGGACAUUAAUAUAGGAGCGACACUGGUAAAGAAUAAGUUUGGUAUUUCUACUGGUGAAUCAACACAAAUAACUGAAGUAUUAAAAACUCUUAAAUCAAACACUAACAACCAGCCAUUUACCAUUAUAAGUAACGACGAUAAUCUUAAAACAAUAACAGCAACUACUAAACCCAUAAAACGUACAUUGGUUAAAGUUACGCAUCUUAUAAAUCCCGGCGAAUUUUAUAUACAAUUGCUCAGUCUGAUCCAGGGUACUAAAGCUUUUCACCAGCAAAUACAAGAGAAUCAAGCUAAAAAGUGUGGCAGCAAGCUGCCUCUACCUUAUGAGACGCGUGAAUGGUUUGAAAAUAAUCACUGUCUUGUCUAUACAAAAUAUCACAAUUCACAAUCCACACAACCACCUGAUGGCCCUCUGGUCGAUCAGUUUGAAUGGUAUCGUGGUAUAAUUACCAAAAUAUCUUAUCUACCCGGAAAAGAACCAACAUUUUCGGUAUUUCUGAGAGAUAUUGGUGUUACCAUAUGUUCGAUUUAUGCUCAACAAUUAUAUUCGAUUGAUCCGCAAUUGGAUCGGGUGACAAAUGCGGUAUAUUGUUGUCAUUUAGCCUGUAUUGAACCAGCCGGUGGCAGUACUUGGUCUCAAUCUUCAAUAGAUAGUUUCAGACAUUAUGUAACAACAGCUGAAACAUUAUCAGUAUCACUGCAUGGUAAACGCAAUCAGGAAAAAAAUUCAUUGGCUAUUGUUUUAUGGAGCUCUAAAAUGGAAACAGCUAAUCCUUUGGCACCGUGUAUUACCAAAUAUUCGAAUAUAAAUCGUAAUCUAGUUAGAAAGGGUUUAGCUCAUAUGGUUGAACCAUUGGAUACUAAACAGCAAUUCGAUCAAAUUGAAGAAAUGGAAUUAGCAAAUGGUGAAAUAACAUUGGAACAAUGGUUUAAAUCAUUUUCGGAUAAUGUUUUAUUAAAGGAUCUUGAAAACAGUGAAAAAAUGCCACUGCAUUUAAGCAUCGUCGCUGGCGAAGUCAUGGAAAGUAAUGAAUUCUACAUGGAUGAUCAUCCAUUAAGUAUUCAUCUCAAUGAAAUGGAUUUUAAAGAUACCACAGGUCAGCGAGCUCCUCCAGCAUGGUUUACAUCUAAAGUUAUUACAAAAACAUUAUUUUCCGGUUAUCCAACAUACAUUGAUUUCGAUUGUAUUGUAUAUUUACAUGAGGCUGACGAUAAAAAGUUCUUGGAGAAAAUAACGAAAAAAUUAACUGAAACCUAUGGUCCCAUUGAGCCACCAUCAAAAGACUAUCGUUUUGCUAUAGAUCAGGCGUGUGUUGUUAAAUAUCAUGUUGAUUCGAAAUAUUAUCGUGGCAUCAUAACAGCAGAUAUGAAUGCAGAACGUGAAUGGACAGUACAAUUUAUAGAUUACGGUAACGUAGAGACAGUUGAGCUAAAAGAUUUACGCCCAUAUGCUCCUUUUCCUAAUUUACCGGCCCUUGCCAGUAAAUACAUUAUCGAUGGUAUCAAGCCUAAAGAUGGUGCCGUCAAAUUCAAUGUUGGUGAAUUAGAUCAAAUGCAUGCAAUGCUCGUUACCAAAUUCAUAUCGAUACGUAUACAUCCCAGUCAGUUGCAAAAGGAAAUUAAACGUUGCAAUUUGUAUUUGGGUGCUAUAGAUGUGGGUAAUCUUAUUAUUGAAAGAGGGCUUGCCGAAGCUGAUUAUAGACCAUUUUUUGAUAAUUCAAUAAAAGAGACAAGUCCCUUAAUUCUAUCACAAUUGGAUGGCGAUUUGAAUGCUGUAAGUUUACAUAAAUCACAUAAAACUCGUAAUCCUUUACCCAUUGCUCCAGUUGAAGACUAUGCGAUUUUUAGUCAAAACAAUAACAUGAGUAUAGAUUGCGAGGAGAUGGUAGAGGAAGACAACAACAAUGAUUUGUCCGAUAAUAGUGAAAUUAGUUUUCCUGAGAAUGAUGGCGAUCAGAGCGAUAAAUUUGAUCAUCUAAACGAAAUGCUAGAUCGUUUGUCAAAACCCAAUAACAUUGAUACAUUUCGAAAACCAUUAUCAAAACCCGCUAUUGAAACAACUCGCACUACAAACAAACCACCACCACCCAAAAAACGUAUGUUCAACGAUAAGGAUUAUACAAAAAUGAUGAAUGUCAUGAUGGUAUACGAUAAUGAUGAUAUCGUCGAUAAUUAUCAACAUGAAUUUGAUCUAGAUGAUCAGCAUGAUAAUGACGAUGAAGAGGGUGAUGAUGAUGAUAUUAUUGAAUUGGAACAAAGUUUUGCCAUGAACUAUUGGCAUAAUACCGUUGAAGAUAUGCGCCUAGAGGAAGAUGAAGAAAUUAUUGAGCAGCUAGAUCGUAGAGCGUUAUUAUCCUUUGAAGAUCAAGAUAUUGAAUCCGAUUUCGAUGUUUUCCAUCCCUACGAAACCUCAACUGUCUUUUCACAUUUCAGUGGUAUUGAAAAUUUCAAACCACCACAAUUACCAACUGCUAUGCAUCAUUUUACAUGUAGUAUAGUUUCCAUUAUUACACCAACAAUAUUACAAAUAUUUCCUAAUCAUGCGGAAUUUCGUUAUCGCGAAGUGGAACUGCAACGCUGUAUUAAGGAAGUCGUCAAACGAUGUCCUCCACCCCUAACAAAAUUCGAACCAAGUACUUUAUGUUUGGCUUGUUAUACAAAAGAUAAAAUCUGGUAUCGUGCCAUAAUACGUUCCUAUAAUCCAAAUGCCAAAACAGUGGACGUCUUAUACGUUGACUAUUUAAACAGUGAGACACUGCCCUUAAAAUAUGUACGUCAGUGUCCGAAAGAUUUAUUGGGCUGGCCCCUACGUACGUUCCGCGUACGUUUACAUGGUAUAAAACUGAAUCCUCACGUUAAGGAGAAUGAAGUACGUUUGGCCCUGCAUCAGCUUUUAAACAAACGUAAACUAUUUGGUGUUGUUAAAAAACAUCCUAACUAUAGUAGCCUAGUUUUGGGUACUACUACCGUUAAUGAUAGUGAUCUUAUCGAAAUAGCUUUGUAUGAAUCUAAAGAAGCAUCGUUAAAGGGCGUAACUAUUUAUGAGCCUCUUAUUGAAAAGGAAUAUUUUCAACGUUUUUAAUUUGUUUUAAAUUUUGAUACUUUUUUUUAUUAAUGGAAAGAAAUUAAUUUUAUGUUUACUUUUUUCUUAUUUUACUUUUCUUAUGUUAUUUUUUUUUAUAAAUAACUAUUUUAUAAAU